UCGAUUAUCCCAAAAUUGAUAUUACAAAGUCACUUUCGCAGAAUACGUAAGCUUUUGUAUCUUCUCUUUUGAGUUUAUCUGUGAUUUGAGAUGGCCAAUCGGACUUCGGAUCUUGCCGGACGGGUCGACCCGGCUCAGAGUUUCGACAUUGAAGCUCUUCUUCGCUAUGCAUCUGCUAAUGUUCAUGGAUUCCCUUCAAAUAUCUCUAAUUUCACUCUUUCUCAGUUUGGGCAUGGCCAAUCAAAUCCUACUUUUCUCAUUGAGGCUCGUUCAGGAACUUCUGCUAAGAAAUAUGUGUUGAGGAAGAAACCGCAUGGAAAGUUGCUGGCAUCUGCUCAUGCUGUUGAGAGAGAGUAUGAGGUUCUACAUGCACUAGGUACUCAUACUCAGGUUCCAGUCCCCAAAGUAUUUUGUUUGUGUACAGAUUCAAGUGUGAUUGGGACUCCAUUUUACAUUAUGGAGUAUUUGGAAGGACGUAUAUUUAUUGACCCAAACCUACCUGAUGUAUCGCCUAAGAGAAGGAGGGAUAUAUGUCGUGCGGUUUCUCAAGCCUUGGCCUCCGUUCACUCUGCCAAUGUUGAUGCAAUCGGUUUAGGUAACUACGGGAAGCGGAAAGACUACUGUAAGAGACAGGUAGAGAGGUGGGCCAAACAAUAUCUUCUAUCUACUGGAGAGGGCAAGUCCAGGAGAAACCCUAAAAUGUUAGAGCUGGUUGAUUGGUUGCGACAACAUAUUCCCCUUGAAGAUUCCUUAGGGGAAACAGCUGGUUUAGUACAUGGUGACUUUCGGAUUGACAAUGUUGUGUUUCAUCCCACAGAGGACAGAGUCAUAGGAAUUCUUGAUUGGGAGCUGUCGACUUUGGGUAAUCAGAUGUCUGAUGUUGCUUACAGCUGCUUGAGCUACUUUGUGAAUAUUUCAUUAGAAGAUCUAGACGGGAGUGAUGGCUUUGAGCGCAGCAGCUUCCCUGAAGGAAUACCUUCUCUUCCAGAAUACCUUGCAGAUUACUGCUCAGCUGCUGGAAGACCUUGGCCGGUUGAUCAAUGGAAGUUCUACAUUGCCUUUUCUUUGUUUCGUGCGGCUUCAAUAUUUGCUGGUAUACACAGCAGAUGGAUCAUGGGUAAUGCUUCUGGAGGUGAACGUGCCCGGUUUGCCGGGGAAAAGGCUGACUCCUUCAUCAAAACUGCAUGGUUAUUUAUUCAAAGAAAAUCUGUUCUCCCCCUUCACCCACCAUCUGAAACAACUAGAGAGGAUAAUAUCAGGAUUUUUGGAAGUGAAAGCCAAAUUCAAGUAACCCCUACAAGUGGGAAAUUUGUGCCUAGUGAGAAGGUUCAAGAUCUGAGAGACAAAUUGAUAAAGUUCAUGGAGGUUCACAUAUAUCCAAAAGAAAGUGACUUUUACAAGCUUGCACAGUCUACCAUGCGCUGGACAAUUCACCCAGACGAGGAGAAGUUAAAGGAUCUGGCAAAAAGAGAAGGCCUUUGGAACCUGUGGAUACCGUUUGAUAGUGCUGCACGGGCAAGAGAAGUGAUCUUUGGCAGCAGAAAUGAUUCCCUAGUUGAAAACAAAUUCAAUCGUUUAUUAGGUGCUGGCCUUUCGAACCUCGAGUAUGGAUAUCUUUGUGAAAUUAUGGGUCGUUCUAUUUGUGCGCCGCAGAUUUUCAACUGUGGGGCGCCUGAUACAGGAAAUAUGGAGGUAUUACUUCGGUAUGGGAAUGAGGAACAGAUAAAGGAAUGGCUUGUCCCCUUGCUUGAGGGAAAGACACGGUCUGGCUUUGCAAUGACAGAGCCACAAGUUGCUUCCUCAGAUGCCACUAAUAUAGAAUGUUCCAUCAAAAGACAUGGAGACUCUUAUAUCAUCAAUGGGAAGAAGUGGUGGACCAGUGGAGCCAUGGAUCCGAGGUGCAAACUACUCAUUGUGAUGGGAAAAACUGACUUAACUGCUCCUAAGCAUAAACAACAAUCCAUGAUCUUGGUAGACAUUAAUACUCCAGGUAUUACGAUAAAGAGACCUCUGACAGUAUUUGGCUUUGACGAUGCACCUCAUGGGCAUGCGGAAAUAUUCUUUGAGAAUGUAUCCGUCCCUGCGAACAAUAUUCUACUUGGUGAGGGGCGUGGCUUUGAGAUUGCCCAGGGUAGGCUAGGCCCUGGAAGGUUGCAUCAUUGCAUGAGACUAAUAGGUGCAGCUGAACGCGGCAUGCAGAUGAUGGUUCAACGGGCUCUUGAAAGACGAGCUUUCGGAAAAUUAAUUGCCGAACACGGUGCAUUCCUUUCGGAUGUUGCCAAAUGUCGAAUUGAACUAGAGAAAACCAGAUUACUGGUUCUGGAAGCUGCUGAUCAGCUUGACCGCCUCGGAAACAAAAAGGCUCGUGCUACAAUCGCGAUGGCAAAGGUUGCUGCACCAAACAUGGCAUUGAUGGUGCUCGAUACUGCAAUGCAAGUGCACGGUGCUGCUGGUGUAUCGGGCGAUACUGUUCUUGCUCAUCUCUGGGCUACUGCUAGGACAUUGAGAAUUGCAGAUGGUCCUGAUGAAGUACACUUGGGGACAAUCGCGAAAACUGAGUUAAGGAAAUCCAGGCUUUGAAAACCUUAUAUAUUACUCGUAUAUGUAUCGCGAAAUACAAUAUAAAAUAAAAUCGAAAGGGUGCUGCAUGAAAAAAUAAAAGGUUGUAUACCAUAGUCUUGUAAACUAUAGAAAUCUACAUACUGAUGGUGAAAAUUGAUUCAGCAAGUUUACAACUUAAAUAUUUUUAGAAACUUAAUAAAGUCAAUAAAUA